AUGAGCCUGCGGGUCAGCAUGUCGCCCUCAUCCACAGGGGGCUCUCCCCACUCGACAACCGCCACCGCAACGGCGAGCGCCGUCAGGCCAUUUCCCGUGCCCACCAGGGACAACUUCUCAAUCGAAAUGCCAACUCCCCUCAUGACUUCCACAAACGGGUCCGGUGCUCUCAAGUCCCCCACCGCUGUCAAGAACCAGCGGCAGGGCAGCUUCGGCCGUGACGGCGCCCUGGGCCCGCCAAACAAGGCCCGGCACCUGUCGCAGUCGUCCGACAACCGCCCGGAGCCUGUCUCGGCCGUGAGCAUGCAGAAGGACGACAGCGAGGACAGCGUGAAUCCCCUGAAGCGGAGAAACACCGACGCCGGCGUGGACUAUCCCCGGAGGCGGGCCACCAUCGCCUGCGAGGUCUGCCGCUCCAGGAAGUCGAGAUGUGACGGCACGAAACCCAAGUGCAAGCUGUGCACUGAGCUCGGCGCCGAGUGCGUCUAUCGUGAGCCCGGCAUCAAGCUCGAUGCCGGCGACAAGCUGAUCCUCGAGCGCCUGAACCGCAUCGAGAGCCUGCUGCAGAUAAACAUCGUGAACCAGUCAAACGGCAUCGGCAUCGCCCAGGGAUCGCCUAACCUGAGCAGUGGCACCACCGCCCUCAGCGGCGAGAACCUGCUCGCGGGCGCCAGUGGGAACUUUAGCUCUGUCCUCCUCAGUGGCGGCAUAGGCACCUGGGCUGCCACCAAUACCAACAUCUCGACAAUGCCCAAAAUACACACCAAUGCCGCCCUCCAUCUCCUGCAGUGGCCCCUGAUACGUGACCUGGUCUCCCGCCCCUACGACCCCCAGAUCCUGCUCCAGCUUGAAAUGGCCAGGGAGCCGUUGCACUCCCUGACCAAGACCCCUUGCGUCGACCUCUCUAACACGACGGCCUACAUCGAGGCCUACUUUGAACGCGUCAAUAUCUGGUAUGCCUGCGUGAAUCCAUACACGUGGAGAAGCCACUACCGCCUCGCACUGUCCAACGGCUUCCGCGAGGGUGCAGAAAGCUGCAUCGUCCUGCUCGUCCUCGCGCUCGGCCAGGCAAGCCUGCGUGGCAGCAUCUCGAGGGUAGUGCCACAAGAGGACCCUCCGGGACUGCAGUACUUUACCGCGGCCUGGGCGUUGCUUCCUGGAAUGAUGACAUCCAACAACGUUCUCGCUGCGCAGUGCCACCUGCUUGCCUCUGCCUACCUUUUCUACCUUGUCCGGCCCCUCGAGGCCUGGAACCUACUGUGCACCACCAGCAACAAGCUCCAGCUGCUCCUCAUGUCCCCAAACAGAAUCCCGCCCGACCAGAGGGAGCUCACGGAGCGCAUUUACUGGAAUUCCUUGCUCUGUGAGAGCGACCUGCUGGCAGAACUCGAUCUCCCACAUUCCGGAGUCGUUCAUUUUGAGGAAAAUGUCGGGCUGCCAGGUGGAUUCGAGGGCGACGAGAACGAAGCCGUGGGGCGUGAUGACCUCUGGUAUUUUCUUGCAGAGAUCGCACUACGACGGCUCCUGAACAGGGUCAGCCAGCUCAUCUACUCAAAGGAUUCCAUGGCAACCACCACCAGUCUCGAGCCUGUCGUGGCCGAGCUCGACUUCCAGCUGACCCAGUGGUACGAGAGCCUGCCGCUGCCACUGCAGUUUCCCUUUGCUCGGACGAUGCUGCCGGAUCCAGUACAGACGGUCCUCCGCCUACGCUUUUUCGCAUGUCGGACUAUCAUUUACAGACCAUACAUUCUGGCCGUCCUCGACAACGAACAAGCGGUCUUGGACCCUGCAGUACGCGACAGCUGUCAUAAAUGCUUGGAAGCCUCCAUCCGCCAACUGGAGCAUAUCUCUGCCCACCAUGUUGGACAUAUGCCAUACCUUUGGCAAGGGGCACUUUCCAUUGUGUCUCAAACACUCCUGGUUAUGGGAGCUACGAUGUCACCGUCUCUCUCCAACAUAUUGAUGGGGCUGGUCCAACACGGGGACAGCAUCGAUCGCAUCAUCAAUGAGGUCGUCAUGGAAAUCGAGCGAUAUGCGGUUCUAGCUCCCAGCCUGAGUUUGGCUGCAGAAAUCAUCAAAGAGGCCGAGGUCCGGAGGAGGACGUUCCUGAGUGGCUGA